UAAUUUGUACAAUUUAUGUAAAUGGUAGGCAUUCUUUAUGCUGCCAUCAACUACUUGAAUUUGUAAUUCAAUCGAAAAGUUGUUGUGCGGAUUAAAAAGGCCGGACUUCGCUUAGUCGCCUAUUAAAAAGCAAAGUGAACGGAGGAGCAUAUCACCAUGUAUGAAGUCGAUAAUAGCACGCUGACCAUAUCGGGCGAUCCUGUCCAGUUUCCACUCGUGGGGAGUCCCUGGUCUCCGAUGAUGAUCCUUGGUGCUUACCUUUUCUUUGUGCUAAAGUUAGGAAGGAAAAUCAUGGAGAAUCGGAAGCCCUUCGAUCUGCGAGGCGUAAUAAAGGUUUACAACAUUGUUCAGAUCGUGUACAACAGUGUGGUAUUACUAAGUGCCGUGUACUUUUUGUUUGUUUUGAAAGCAUACGACAUGAGUUGCGUCCAUACACUGCCACUGGAUCACGAAUACAAGAACUGGGAACGCCUGAUAUCCUACUCGUACUACUUCAACAAGUACAUGGACCUGGUCGAGACGGUUUUUUUUGUGAUGCGGAAGAAGGAUCGACAGAUAUCCUUCCUGCACGUCUUCCACCACACUAUCAUGUGUGUUGGCGGAUACUUGUAUCUCAUUUUUAGUGGCUAUGGAGGCCUCCUGUUCCCUGUGUGCCUUCUUAACGUUGCGGUGCACGUCAUCAUGUACACCUAUUACUACCUAUCCUCGGUCAGCCCCGAGGUGCAGGCCAGUCUCUGGUGGAAGAAGUACAUCACCAUCGUCCAGUUGGUCCAGUUCUGUCUCGGUGUGUCAUUCUUGAUCAACCAUUUGAGGCAGCCCAACUGCAAUGCGUCGCGAACGGUGAUCUACAUGGGCACGCUAGUGGGUGCGGCCUUCAUCACGCUCUUCACCAACUUUUACGUCAAGGCUUACAUACUUCCCGGCAGGAAAAAGUCCCAGAUGAAGGUGCAGUAAGCAAAACAUUGUAGCCACAUUUAGAAUUUUUAGAAACAAUUA